CGGCCGGGCGAGGCGCUUGGCGGGGAAAGGCGGGCUGGGCACCGAGGGGUGGGGACCAGGUGGUGCGCGGGUCCUGCAGUGCUCCAGCGUCGCACCCACUGCUGCUUCCAGAGCAUCCCAGAGCAGAGUCAGCGUGUCCCGGCAGUUCCACACCUCUGCUUGUGUGGCUUGGAAACUGUUGUAGAAACAUAUAGUAACAGCAGCGAGUAUGCUGUAGUCCCGGGUGCUAAUUUUUCUCCCCCAAACCUGUGACGUAAACCCGUGCAAAUCUUACGUGUUGCCUAACUUAGUUUCUCAAGGAUGAAGUGACAAAACCACUUAAAAAGUUAGGAAAUGUUCUGCAGGCAGCAGUCGUGUCCCGGAGGGAAUGGAUGGGGUGAGCAAGUAAAACUUUUCUACCUCCUACCUAGUGCUCAGUGAUUAGAGUAAUGUUUGGCUUGACUCUUGUCUGUCCUUGUGCUUGAGAAAGGUCAGGAGCUUGUAGAUGGGGCAUCUGUGGUGUUCUCGGUGUGUGCUGAGAUCAGCAGUGUGGGUUAGGCUCUGGACUGGCCCACGUUCUCAUGCUUGUACUGCUGCCUGAGCCAGUUUUCUCCCUUCUCCUUCCCGUCCUUUCUGCUGUGUGGUCAUUCCUGCCAUGGUGCUAAAAAGCUUUUGUAUCCUUCUGUGUCUGCCUUUUAGGAGUGCAGUUCUAACUGUUGUUCGAAGGUUAAUUUCCCGUAAUGGCCAUGUUGUAACUCUGGGUUGGUUUUUUUUUUUGUUUGGAAAAUCCAUGGUUUAAUAAUUUUUAGUAGGUUAUCCAUCUCAUGGAGCAGCGAGCUGAGUCAAGUGAUGUGAUAGCCCAGUGAUCACUAGAUUUUUGUAAGAGGAAGGUGCUUGGAGAUGCAGCUGGAGGAGGGGAAAGGGUAUAAUUCUGCUAUUUUGUGUGGAAAUGGCCUGUGUUUGGAUCGGAUUACACUAACAUGGAACUUAGAUCCUUAGAUGAACUUGCUUGGGGAAAUGCUGUGCCUUUUUUGCUUUUGUGUUUGGAAAGGGUUUUGCUGGAUAACUCUCCUUGCUGUGAGUGACUUAAAAUUCUUACUGCCCUUCUGCAAAGGGAGUGUACGCUUCUCUAUCCGUGUCUCCAAAAGGUUUUCUGCCUACACAGAGACCAAAAUUUUCCGAUGCUUCAUGCCUGAGGUGUUUCAGUAAGAUUCCCUUUGUGCUAGGACCUGAUUUUAACAAGAUCUAGCUCAAUAUGGAGCUUUCAAAAAUGCUGGAAAUCUUAGGAAUCGGUGGUGCUGAGGAAACACAGAUUAGUUGUGGAGCAGAGCACCAAGGCAGAAGCCUGGUUUCUCCUGGUGAAGCUGUCGAGGGUAAGGGUAUUUGCUGUAGCUAAGGUGAACAUUAGUUAUAUCCUUCCCUCUCUCACUGGCACUUGUGGCAUUAGAAGUAAGGUAAUUCAACUCACUGAUCUGGGAGAAGAUGGGGUUUUAGGGUACCUUUUCUGCGGUUAGCAAGUUGAUCUAAUGAGCACCAGAAGCGAGGUGAAUGAGGAGGAUCUGCGUGGGGAGGUUGAGGGUCGACAAGGGAAAUUGUCACCUGAUGGCGUCUGAGCUAGUAGAGAACUUGGUGUAAUGUGUGGAGCAUCACAUGCAUUUUAACCCCACCCAAACUGCUUUAUUUAUCCACCAGAGUUUCCUUCUCUCAAAAAGUCUAUAUUCUCUCCCUUCUCAGUUUGUGUAUUUUCAGGCUUCAUUUAAUUUUUCCCCUCUGGGGUAAGAUCCUUGAGGCAGUUGCUUUUCCAAGAGCUUUAUAUUCUAAGUAGGUUUAUUGACUAGCUGUUUCUAGCUGAAAUAGAGUUGUACCUGAAGACAGCAGUGGCCAGUUAGGAGGAGGUGUGUCUCAGUUGAGGAGAAGGUGGCCACUGCUGAAGCAGUGCAGGAAGCCAGUUUUGGAUCAGCAGGGAGAUGCCUGGGCAGGACUUGAGGGCAGAUGGAUGUGGAAGACCAGACUGGAGCAGCAGCACUCUGCUUACCAGUUAAAGAGUUUUCCAGAGUUUGAGGAGUAGGUUUGAAGCAGCAGUUCCUCAUUUAGCAACCCAUUCUCUGCAGUGUUAAUGCUGUUGCCCUACUUUAAAGUCAUCUGCUGCCCUUAACACCAUUUCAGAAUGUAUAAAGUAGUCUGGCUGAGCCUAUUGUUGCACCUCCUUUUCUGCUGCACUGGUCUGUUUACUUAUAUGCCAGGAAAAUGUUUGGUGAAGGCUAUGAAGCUCAGAAUCUCUGGAUUUAAAAAGGGCUAGGCUAGAUAAAGGGGCUGUGCUGGCGCUCAAGCUCCUGGAAGCUCAUUUAGAGGGGUAUCAUUUAGAGGUCUCAGAUACACUACAGGGGAACCAGCCGGUACUUUGGAAACAAAUAGGCUGUCAGUGGUAGUAAGAUUAUCAGAAAUAUUUUUUUUUAAAAUCUUACAUGGAGUUUUAAUCUUCUAAAAAGAUCAGGUUGUUUGGGUUUUUUUCCAGUGGAAUUCUGUUGAAUAAUCACUUUUGCUCCCUUUUCUGACUCUAGCCCUUCCUGCUGCUACUCUCUGUGUAGCUCAUGUUGCUGCAGGAAACUCCCUGAUCAUCUCAAUGUGUUACUCUUCUGCUAAGCACUCUCUUCAGUCUCACUUCUCUUCCUCUUGGCUGAUGAAAGCCUUCUCCAGUCCUUUCUCAGUCCUGCAAUUCACUGCAACUCAUCUUUCUGCUGCUGGAAGAUCUCCCUGGUUCUGCAUGGCCUCUUCAGCAGCUUUUGCCUCACAACUGUUGCCAGUGAACACUUCAUCCGCUCUGCUUCUGAUUCUGUUCCUCCUGAAAGGAACUUGCCACCACAGAUGCCAGUUUCUAGUCUAAUAUUCAAGUUAAGAUCUGUCGGGAGCAACAAGUAGCUGGAAGUGUGGAUCUGGAGUCCAUCUCAGCCUGAGCUCCUGGGAUCGUGUCGCCAUGGAGACCGAAAGUGAGCAGAACUCCAACUCCACCAGCGGGAGCUCCAGUUCUGGAGGAAGCACCCGUCCUCAGAUCUCACAGAUGUCUCUCUAUGAGCGACAGGCAGUACAGGCCCUGCAGGCACUCCAGAGACAGCCCAAUGCAGCCCAGUACUUCCAUCAGUUUAUGCUCCAGCAGCAGUUUAACAGUGCCCAACUUCACAGCCUGGCUGCUGUCCAGCAGGCUACAAUUGCGGCCAGUAGACAGGCCAGCUCCCCCAACACUAGCACCUCGCAACAGACCACCACCACGCAGGCUUCUUUGCAUGCUAACAGUGAUUCUCAAGCUCAGCAUACAAAUGAGAUCAACCUUGCCACCACCUCAGCUGCUCAGCUGAUCAGUCGGUCCCAGAGCGUGAGCUCCCCCAGCGCCACCACGCUGACACAGUCUGUGCUCCUCGGGAACACCACCUCACCGCCUCUCAACCAGUCACAGGCACAGAUGUACCUUCGGCCACAGCUGGGGAACCUGUUGCAGGUGAACCGGACCUUGGGCCGCAAUGUGCCUCUUGCCUCCCAACUCAUCCUGAUGCCCAAUGGGGCUGUGGCUGCUGUCCAGCAGGAGGUGCCACCCACUCAGUCUCCUGGGGUCCAUGCAGACACAGACCAGGUGCAGAACUUGGCUGUGAGGAGCCAGCAGACCUCUGCCACUAAUGCCCAGCUCCAAGGCUCUGCUCAGAAGACAGCCCUGCCAGGAAGCUCCCAGGCUUCGGGCCUACCGCAGGCCACCAGCACGGGCCAGACCAUGGCCGUGGCCCAGGCCUCCUCCAGCGGGCCGGGCCAGUCCCUCAACCUGAGCCAGGGAGCAGCAGGCAGCAAUGGUGUCUCCGGGGGUGUGGUGGCCAGUGGUGGGAGCCAGCCCUCCAUGGGAUUGAGCCAGAGCUCCGUGGCAGGUGCCGCUGGCAGUUGCCAGAGGAAAGGCACAGGGGUGGUUCAGCCAUUGCCAGUGGCGGCUGCCCAGGCCGUGACUGUCAGCCAGGGGAGCCAGACGGAGACAGAGAAUGCAGCCGCAAAGAAGGGUGACACGGACAGUGGUGGACAGCAAACGGUGGGCAUGAACCUCACCAGGACUGCUACCCCAGCACCCAGCCAGACGCUGAUCAGCUCAGCAACAUAUACGCAGAUCCAGCCACACUCACUGAUCCAACAGCAGCAGCAGAUCCAUCUGCAGAAGCAGGUGGUGAUCCAGCAGCAGAUAGCCAUUCAUCACCAGCAGCAGUUCCAGCACCGCCAGUCCCAGCUGCUCCACACAGCCACCCAUCUCCAGCUGGCUCAACAGCAGCAACAGCAGCAAGCAGCAUCUCUGACCCAGCAGCAGCAGCAAGCUCAGCCUCCGCAGCAGCAGGCUCCCCCCCAAAACCAGCAGCAGGCACAGACCCUUGUGGUGCAACCUAUGUUGCAGUCCCAGCCACAGCAUUUACAGCUCCAGCAGGACAGUCCGUGCCAGCCAGCCACCAAGUCACCUGUUCCUAUUCAGUCAAAAUCUCUGGUCACCCCCAUCAAACCCCCUCAGCUUGGGCCUGCCAAAAUGUCAGCAGCACAGCAGCCUCCGCCACACAUCCCCGUGCAGGUAGUGGGCACUCGGCAGCAGGGCUCAGGCCAGGCCCAAGCACUGGGCUUGGCUCAGAUCGCUGCAGCAGUGCCCACAUCCCGUGGAAUGCCGGCUGUAGUCCAGCCUGUUUCCCAAACCCAUGCUGCUUCCCCAUCAUCAUCUUCAGCUCCAGCAUCCUCACAGGAAGCUCCCCCUCUCACCACAGGGGUGAAUUUGGCACAAGUUCAAGGCACAGCCCACAUGGUGAAGAGCCCAGCUUCCUCUCCAGUUGUGGCUCAGAUGCCAGCAGCAUUCUACAUGCAGUCUGUCCAGUUGCCAGGCAAAUCUCAGACGUUGGCAGUAAAGCGCAAGGCAGAGUCAGAGGAGGAGAAGGAGGAGUCGCCCAGUGUCACUGCACUCCUGCCUGCCAGGUCCUCUCCCGUAACAGACAGCCCCAAAAACAUGGAGGAGAAGAGUGGCCUUGGAGAUAAUUCUGAUACUGCUGCCGUUGCAACUCCCAAUGCCUCAUCAAGUGAAGGAGCCUCAGUCACCCCCACCUCUGCUUCCACCCCAAACCUGGCAAUGGUGUCACGUCAGAUGGGAGACUCCAAACCUCCUCAAGCCAUUGUCAAGCCCCAGAUCCUCACACACAUCAUUGAAGGCUUUGUCAUCCAGGAGGGAGCAGAGCCCUUUCCAGUGGGUUGUUCUCAGCUGCUGAAAGAAUCUGAAAAACCACUGCAGGGAGAGGCUCCUUCUGGCCAGAAUGAAAACCUGUCUAGCAAUUCUCUGGGAGAGGAUAGUGCUUCCGUGGAGCUUGACAAGAAGGCAAACUUGUUGAAGUGUGAAUAUUGUGGGAAGUACGCCCCGGCAACCCAGUUCCGUGGCUCCAAGAGGUUUUGUUCCAUGACCUGUGCUAAAAGGUACAAUGUCAGCUGCAGCCAUCAGUUUCGGCUGCAGAGAAAGAAGAUGAAGGAAUUCCAGGAAGCCAACUACGCCCGUGUGCGCCGGCGGGGACCACGGCGCAGCAGCUCCGAAAUCGCUCGAACAAAGAUCCAGGGCAAGCGCCACAGGGGCCAGGAAGACUCAAGUCGAGGCUCUGAUAACUCCAGCUAUGAUGAAGCUCUGUCCCCUACAUCUCCCGGACCCCUGUCAGUAAGGGCCAGUCAUGGAGAGAGGGACCUGGCUAACUCUAAUAUGGCCCCACCUACCCCUGAUCUACAUGGCAUCAACCCAGUCUUCCUGUCCAGCAAUCCUAGUCGUUGGAGUGUGGAGGAAGUGUAUGAGUUCAUUGCAUCAUUGCAAGGGUGCCAGGAAAUUGCUGAGGAAUUUCGGUCACAGGAAAUUGAUGGUCAGGCCCUGUUGCUUCUGAAGGAGGAACAUCUCAUGAGUGCCAUGAACAUCAAGCUGGGACCAGCUCUCAAGAUCUGUGCCAAGAUCAAUGUUCUCAAGGAGACCUAAGAACUCUGAAGCCAGAGGUCUCACUUUUGCUCUGACCCCAGGGCAGCUGCCAGUUUUGGAGCAUCCUGUUGGGGUAGGGAAGAAUGGGACAGUCCCCUGUGGUCUUGCAUUCAAGAAGAAUGAGAAGGAAUUUAACUGAUUGAAACUGCCACGCACAAGCCCAUCUCUUGGUCUCUUAAUGGUGCUACAGUAAGGUUGAGGAAAACUGCCACCUGGGGCCUUUAAACAACUUUCCUUCUUCCUGAUUUUGAAUAUGCCUCCCCUGUAUACCACAUAAAGAUACUAAGGGGAUCUCUCUCUGUCUUAAAAGACUGCUGAAAGGGAACUGCCCUCACCCCUUUUUGCCACAGCAGGUCUGCUAGAUCUUAGCUUUGAAUAUCAUUGCCAGAAUUCAAGGCAUAGGAAGAGCUGGCCCCACGUAGACAUUGGGAGCACCUGUGCUUGGGGCUUUUAUGAAGGGGAACUAGCAAAUUACAAGUGACAGAGGUGACAAACAAGAAUUUGAGCAAAAGGGGCUGCUGCUUUUCCACUUUUAAAAGUACCUAGGCUGCUCAUGAACUUGGUUUAAUAGCCAUUCCAGCAUGCAUACCAAACUUGAAGGCCUGUGGCAAUAGGAGCUGUCUUGUCUUCACUCUGCAUGUCUACAGGAGACAGCAAAGCUAAAGUGUUGUGGCAGCUAUUCACUCCAGGUGCUCCUCUCAGAACCAGAGGAUUUUUCCUGAGUACUUAUGACAAAGUGAUGGGAAACUCAAAGGGGAGGGGGAUUGUCUUACAUUAGGGAACCUUGCAGCACUAGGUUUGUCUUCCCAUUGUGCUAGAGCAUAAUUUACAGAUCCAAAGCAGUCUCCAGAAGCACCAAGGCUCUUCAUGAAAGGGGCUGGAGUUUUGUUUUGUGUGUUUUCUUACCAGUUUGUAUUUUCUUUUUGUGUCUGUCUUCAUUAUCCUCAGGAGAGCUUAUGGGACAAAAUUUAGGCUGGCAGGAUUGUACUGCUUGCCUCAGGCUUUUUUUUUGUGUUGUGUUGUAAAACGAGUAUUUCUCUUUCUCAGUUACAAGGAACCAAACACACACCCUAGAACAACUCAAUACUGAUUUUUUAAUGUGACUUCUCAUUUCUAAAGCGUAGAAUUUAUGUUACAGGCUGAGUUUCUCCUACUCAGCCCCUCCAGGUUUGGUUGGGGGUUCUUUGGUUGGUUUUUGGUUUUUUUUAUUUUAAGGACCAAAUGUGGUAUUCUGAAGUUUUGUAGCCAAAUUGCCAAAGGUGAAAACCUGGGCAGAAUUAUUCUCUUCCAGAAGCAGCUCUGCUUCAAACAAACAGGCAAAAUACCUGAAGGAGUUACACAAACUGUGAAGAGGUAAGUGCCCUGUAGAGCCAAAUACCUGAAAGCAAGAUGGUGUUAUAAACCAUGUAUCUCAGCUUUUCUGUUUUCAGAAGUUUCACAUGAAUAUUUGAGUGAAACAUAAGAUGGUUCUGUGUGUUAAGCACAUACUGUUGCAGAAAAGCUGUAGUGGCAUGGGAGAAAGCCUAAUAGCAUAGGUAGGAAAACAUUAGAGAUCUUUGAAAUGGGCUCUUUAUUGACCCGUUAGAAAAAGAGGAAGGAAAGUGCUUAGUAGAUGGAUAAAAUGUGGCAGCAGCUUCCUAGUCUUAAGGGCACUGUUGAAUCUCACUUUUGUGACACCCUUGUUCAUCUGAGAAGACUUCUGAGGCUUUGUGAAUGCAAAUAGGCCCAAAGGAAGCUGCCCACGCUCACUUGUACCCUGGUACCACGGUUUGGUCUGAUGUAAUCUGGGGGCAGGGGAGGAGGAGGUUAGAAUCAAAAAUGAGCAGAGGAAGGCUGCCCUUAAACCAUUUUAUCCUUAGCAGGCUGGGUGUGAUAAAACUCCUGUUUAGUUUGACCCUUGGCAGGGUAGGCAGGCAGGUAGCCUGCCACUGUUACCAGUUACUCCUGAGGACUGGAUUUUAUUUCAGUCAAAUUGGAAGGUUUCACUUCUUCGUUUCAUGUUCAGUGUUCUUAAUAAAAAAAUGCUUGAUCAGGC